UUCCCUGAACCUUAAAUACCCCUCUCCUCCCCUCCCUAAUACCCCCCGUUUACUUCACUCCCUUUCUUUCUUUCUUUCUUUCUAUCUGCUUUCUCCUCCUUCUCUCUUAUUUGGCCAUCUUGCUCUCACGGUCCAGAAGGAAGAGUUCUUGCUCUGGGUUCCUCUGUCUGUUCCUCAUGUCUCGUUUGAUGAAGUCGUUCUUCCUCGUCCUCAUCGUCUCCUUCAUCUUUGUUUUGUCUUCCGAGGCGAAGAAGACGAAGCAGAAGUCCGGUGAGGAGAAAAGCCUGAACGCCGGAGAGCUGAGCACUAAAAAUGGUGACCGCUGCACCUGGCAAACUCGAGAGGGCAAAAACAACAUGGUGCUCCAGCUCAAAUGCUCCACCCCCUCUGAGGAGGCGGGGAUUAAGUCCACCGAUUAUGAGUGCCAGUUUACCGGUAAACCAAACGAAUGCCCCGCCUAUGGAGACAAACCCGCCCAGUACUGGAAGCAGGUUUUAGGGAAGCUGAAGAAACGUCAGAGGGCCUGUGAAGGAGGAAAGACCCUGAGGGCCCAGAUGUGCCACAGCGCUCCAAACUCCGCCCACAUGAAGCUGGUGAGGGAAAAGACGGCAAGCAGGAAGGAAGGAGAGAAGGAGGAGAAGAAAGAUGAGGAGAUGAUGAUGGGUGAUGAAGGGAAGUCGGACGGAGUAGAGGAAACGGUGAGCUACUGCGCGGAAGGAUGGGAUCCGCUCUGCCACCUCCUCACCAAGCUUCUGUAAAAUAUAACGAUCGUGCGAUCACGCUAAAUAUAUUUACUCACACUGACACAUGUAGCGCAUUCACGCAACCAGCGUUCAGGAAAACAAUCAAGCUGCUGAGUAAAAAACUAGCAGGAAAUGUUAGCAUUGAAUUAACGCUGAAGAUUAGCAAGAAAUUUCUUUUCUCUCUUUUUAACAAAUGCUAAUCAAAAAUCUUCCCUUUCAAUUACGUCGCUGUUGUCGUUGUUGUUCUGCGCGUCUUUAAAUUUCAUGUUGUACAUUUUACACAAACCCUAGCCUCUGUCCUUAACGCUAGUCAGGACUAAUUAGCGUCCUUCCUUACCUCAUAGCUGUGUUAAGAGAAUGCUAGCGUACAGAGCUAUUCUAACAAAGUAGCUGCAGAAGAUGAUAAUUUUUACCCGCAAUGCACCAGGAGAGUUAGUUUUACCUUAAUAUCAAAAAGCUUGCAAAAGUGUCCUGAUUUAUGUAGAGCAUGCUUUUCGCUAGUUAGCAUAGUAGCUAACAUUAGCACAGAGCCCACAGCACUUUUUAGCACUCUUUUGUUUGAAUUGAUUUUAACAGCAGCUUUUUAGACACAUGCUAGCGUUUGGGAUACAGCGCUAAGCUAACACCUUUAGAACAGGAAAUUAGAAUGCUGUACAAUCUUAUAUAAUUAGCAUAGCAUAGCAUCACUGCUAUUACUUUAUGUUUUGAUUAAACGAUUUAUUUCAGCUCUGUAAAUCUUUUCUAAUCAAUAAACUCAGUGUGAAAGAUCA